GGCGCCGGUCUCGCGACCGCCCGCCCGGGGCGCCGGGACCAUGGCGCUGCGCGCCCGGGCGCUGUAUGACUUUCGGUCGGAGAACCCGGGCGAGAUCUCGCUGAGGGAGCACGAGGUGCUGAGCCUGUGCAGCGAGCAGGACAUCGAGGGCUGGCUCGAGGGGGUCAACAGCCGCGGCGACCGGGGUCUCUUCCCGGCCUCGUACGUGCAGGUGAUCCGCGCCCCCGAGCCCGGCCCGGCCGGCGACGGCGGCCCGGGCGCCCCGGCCCGCUACGCCAACGUCCCGCCAGGCGGCUUCGAGCCCCUGCCCGCCGCGCCGCCCGCCUCCUUCAAGCCGCCGGCCGACGCCUUCCAGCCGCUGCUGCAGCCGCAGCAGGCGCCGCCGCCGAGCACCUUCCAGCCGCCGGGCGCGGGCUUCCCGUACGGCGGGGGCGCCCUGCAGCCGUCGCCCCAGCAGCCGCUGUACGGCGGCGGCUACCAGGCCAGCCAGGGCAGCGACGACGACUGGGACGACGAGUGGGACGACAGCUCCACGGUGGCCGACGAGCCGGGCGCGCUGGGCAGCGGCGCCUACCCGGACCUCGACGGCUCGUCGUCGGCGGGCGGCGGCGCGGCGGGCCGCUACCGCCUGUCCACGCGCUCCGACCUCUCGCUGGGCGCGCGCGGGGGCCCGGCACCCGCGCAGCACCACGCGUCCGGGGCCAAGAGUUCGGCCACGGUGAGCCGCAACCUCAACCGCUUCUCCACCUUCGUCAAGUCGGGCGGGGAGGCCUUCGUGCUGGGUGAGGCGUCGGGCUUCGUGAAAGACGGCGACAAGCUGUGCGUGGUGCUGGGGCCCUACGGCCCCGAGUGGCAGGAGAACCCCUACCCGUUCCAGUGUACCAUCGACGACCCCACCAAGCAGACCAAGUUCAAGGGCAUGAAGAGCUACAUCUCCUACAAGCUGGUGCCCACGCACACGCAGGUGCCGGUGCACCGGCGCUACAAGCACUUCGACUGGCUGUAUGCUCGCUUGGCCGAGAAGUUCCCGGUCAUCUCAGUGCCGCACCUGCCCGAGAAGCAGGCCACGGGCCGCUUCGAGGAGGACUUCAUCUCCAAGCGCAGGAAGGGCCUGAUCUGGUGGAUGAACCACAUGGCCAGCCACCCGGUGCUGGCGCAGUGCGAUGUCUUCCAGCACUUCCUGACGUGCCCGAGCAGCACGGACGAGAAGGCCUGGAAGCAGGGUAAGCGGAAGGCGGAGAAGGACGAGAUGGUGGGCGCCAACUUCUUCCUGACGCUGAGCACGCCGCCCGCUGCCGCGCUGGACCUGCAGGAGGUGGAGAGCAAGAUCGACGGCUUCAAGUGCUUCACCAAGAAGAUGGACGACAGCGCGCUGCAGCUCAACCACACGGCCAACGAGUUCGCGCGCAAGCAGGUGACGGGCUUCAAGAAGGAGUACCAGAAGGUGGGCCAGUCCUUCCGCGGCCUCAGCCAGGCCUUCGAGCUGGACCAGCAGGCCUUCUCGGCGGGCCUCAACCAGGCCAUCGCCUUCACCGGAGAUGCCUACGACGCCAUCGGCGAGCUCUUCGCCGAGCAGCCCAGGCAGGACCUGGACCCGGUCAUGGACCUGUUAGCGCUCUAUCAGGGGCACCUGGCCAACUUCCCGGACAUCAUCCACGUUCAGAAAGGAGCUCUUACCAAAGUGAAGGAGAGUAGGCGCCAUGUGGAGGAGGGGAAGAUGGAAGUCCAGAAGGCCGACGGGAUCCAGGACCGCUGUAACACUAUUUCUUUUGCCACUUUGGCUGAAAUCCACCACUUCCAUCAAAUUCGAGUAAGAGACUUUAAAUCACAGAUGCAGCAUUUCUUACAACAGCAAAUAAUAUUUUUCCAAAAAGUGACCCAGAAGUUGGAAGAAGCUCUUCACAAAUAUGAUAGUGUUUAAUGACUGGACAUUGGAUUGUGGACUUUUUUUUUCCAGUUCAAGGAUAAUUCUACAGCAGAAUAAAAACUGCUAUCAAAGAGCUAUUGCCAACUAUCAGUGGUGGUACAAGGAUGGUUUUGUGUUCAACUGAAACCCAGCUGAAUAUAUAAUUAUGUAGGAAAGAAACAGUUAAUAUGGUUAUAUAAUAGGAACAGUACCACGCAUUGUAACUAAAUUAUACUAUGUAUGCCUACACUACCAUUGUAACUUUUGGAAUAAUGAUUAUACUAUUUGCCUUAUUGCUUUUUCAAGUAUGGGUAUUUUAGUGCAUACUUUGUAGACCUCAAAACCCAUGAAGGGUCUCAAAGAAGCUGGCUGGAUCCAAGCCUGCUGUGGAUGCCUUUUUACUCUCAUAGAUUGGGAUUACCUAAAUUCAACCUAUUCUCUGUUUACAAACUCCAACUAGAGCAGCUAUGCGACUUUGUGCCUUUAGACUCUUGGUUUUUCUUUUCUCCCCCCAAACCUCCCCUUUUUAAGUAAGCCACAUCGUCUCUGAUUGAAAGAGUGAAAGACCAGUGCAUAUAAUGACAAACUGAUGAUAACCUCAUGUUGGCGGUGGGGUUGGGAUGGGAGGAUCAGCUGUCAUCAAUUUGCACAGCAAGCGUUAUCUCCUGCUAAGAUGCUGGUGAGUGCUGAGGAGGGAGACUUGAAGUUCAUCUUUGGGUGUGAAAUCCAUUAGGGAAGACACGGUGCCACCUGCCACCAUCUUCCCGUAGACGCGACAGUAGCAUAGCCUCUUCACACAGGUGUCCUGAGAACUUGGCGUGAAGAUUUCAGCAGACUUGUUUUGCGACAGGCAGAGGAGGAGUCUGAUCAAUCAGAGGAUGCAAGUACAGGAUCAGUGACAACACACACUUGGUUUCAGUUCUUGGAUGGGUUUGGUUUUUCUUUUUUUUCUCUUUUUUAGAUUGAAGAUUUUCUUUUACUACUCAGUUUUCUUUUUUUUAAUGGAUCUACACUGUUAACUGAUUGAGACUCCACUGUGAUUCACUCGUUUACUUAAUCAAAAACUUUCAGGGAUGUCUGUAAACUUCGGUGUUAUACGUGAUGCAAAGUGGUGUUGGUUGAUCUAAGGAGGGACCAGAAAUAAUUUCUACUAUUCCAGAUGCUGAAGGAAAAAAAUAAUGAUUUAUAAUGUGUUUUUUAAAAAUAGUAUUCCUAAGCCCCCAACCCGCAGGACUUUUACCCUUAAAAAUUAUUUUAAAUAUAUUCUUUUACUGUUUCAAGGGAAAUAUAAAUGGCUGAUAAAUACCAAAAAGAUUCAAAAGCAGCUUAAGUUAAAAAGCACAAAGAGAUUGCUGGCUUGAAGUACCAGAAUCUCAUUUUUUUUUUUUUUUUAUAUUUGCUGAGCUUAAUAAUGUGAUUCUUGAGUUUACAAAUUUCAGAACUGUCACUGAAAGGUUCAAGUAUCUACUGUUUCUAUAAAGUUGAUCUUCCGCUGCCUCAGAAACUCCUGGGUACUGAAAUGGUGACCCAGAAGUAAAGGGGUUAGCCUGAGCUGUUGGUGAGUGGUGAUGAGACCGGAAGAGGUUCCAUCUGCGGAUAGUCACAACAAGGAAAGGUUACCGGAACAAUUACUCAACAGCACAUUUGCUUUUUUGAAAAAGGAAUCUCAUGGGUUGGAUUUUUCAGAUCAAAUUAUUGUAAUUUUGAUCAUUGGUCAAAAUUUUGUACCUUAGCUUACUGAGAGCCAGAUUUCACAUCACAUGGCUUUGUCUUUACUACAGAUACGUGGAACUGUCACCAAAUAUGUCGUUCUCUAAAAUAACGUUUUUUUCAUCUGUUGCAAAAUAUAGUUCUAUAAACAAAACUGAUACAUAAAUAUUAAUUUUAUUGCAGAAAUUUGGAGGUUAUAAUUAUAGCAUUUAAUCUAAGUUUGCGUCUGUAUGGGACAAGUAAGCACUAUACUUUUCCAGUGAUUUGAAAUUCACUUUUAUAUGCCUUGUUCUUUUGAUGGUAGUUCGAUUUUUUUUUCUCUUCUUUCUCUCUCUUUUUUUUUUUUUUUUUUUUUUUUUUUUAGUAAAAUCAGUAAAUUUGUGCAAUGGUAGCAUGGAAGUUAUUUGAGGUGUCCUGUAUGUUUGUGCUUUAGCCAGGGUGGACAUAGCUUAAGUUUAAAAAACAUAAAAGUGAAAGUACAAGGAAGUAAACAGUCACACUGCCUACUUCGAAGAGAAUGGAGGUUCUUCAUAACUACAUGCCGUUACAAUGCCACUGAUUCACAAGGAGCUUAAAUUAAUUCUGCUGGGUAGGACACCAGAAUUAUUAGUGUUCAUUUUCAUCUAAGAUCUUUACCCUCUAACGUUCUUGGUCCUAUUGAAACAUUUCAGUAUAUAAAAAUACUGCAAUGUUAAUACCCAAGAGAAAAGCCAUUAUCAUGUGAGUGCUGGUCAGGGUGAUCAGUGUGGGACAGAUUUUUUUUAAAAUAAAGUAUCAUACCCUUCA